UCAAAUGACAGCUAUCGAAUGAAAUCAAAAACCUGUGACGUUUAAGAAAAUAUAUUUGUAUUGUAAACUUUUUGUUUCUUAUCUUAUAAUCCUGUAAAACAAAUUCAGAAGAACUUAUAUCAAAUGUAAGGCUCAAAGGUCUUUUGGUGACUUUAAAAUCCCAAAAAUAUUUUUAUUUUAUAGUGACAAGAAGCCAUAUUAUAAAUAUGACGGAGACGCGAAGAUUACAAUUACAUUUAGGAAAAUGUAUAGAGGAUUUGGACAAAUUAUACAAUGUACCUGACUUGAAAUCUAAAAGAGCAACGAUGUUAUGCAAAACAGCUCAAAAACUCUUCGAGUCUGCAGAGGAGGCUCGCGAGAAAGGUGACGAAGAGUAUUCCUAUGUUCAGUACAUGAAGUACUUACGUAUCAUCGCUUACAUAAGCAAAGACAAAGACUACUUAAAGGACAAAACAUACUUCAACAGUAUGCUCGGUUCCAAAAACCCUAAUAAGGCCUUGGACGCUGCUGAAAAAUUAAAGAAUAGUUUAAUAAUAAGAUAUGAGAAAGAACAACAAGUAAAUCGUCUGAACGACAUCCAAGAAAACGAGCUGAUCAAGCAGAAGAUGGAAGACAACAGGAAGAAGGCUAUCGAGGCUAUGGUGGUCGCAGAACCAACACAUCAGGGACUACCAGGUCCGGAUGAAGUGUCCAUAAAGUCUGAACAGUUAUAUGUCCUGUUGAAGAGUAGCAAGCUCAAGAUUAUGAUUCUGGACGCUCGACCCAGUCAGCAUUACCAGGAAUCGCAUAUCAACCAUCCGGUGUGCAUCAAUGUCCCCGAGGAAUGCAUUUCACCCGGUCAGUCGGCCAACAUGCUGGAACAGAAGUUGCCGCAGGUGUCCAGGAGUGUGUGGGCCGAGCGCGCUUCCAUGGAACUCAUCGUGAUGAUGGACUGGAACAGUAUCACCGUCAUACCGGGACAGAAGCUACAUCUGCUCAAAACCAUACUACUAAAGUGGGACGUGAAGGUCCACUACACUCGCCAACCGGUGUGGCUGGUCGGCGGCUACGAGGACUGGCUUCUCAAGUACCCCGCCUUCACCACCAACCCUCGAGCGAUCCCACCCACCAGAGAACAGGACGUGGACGACAUGCUGGAUGAGAUCGAGUACCCGGCCUGGUCGGAUCUGAGUCCUCCUCCGCUGGCUGUCAAUAGAUCCUCCAAGCCGUCGGAGCCUCUCGUAGAUAGAAGCAGUAAGCUGGCCGCUGUCCAGCUGUAUGAAGAGCGAGCUCGCGGCGUCCAGAACAUCCUGGACCAGCAGGAGAGGAUCGCCGACACCUCGCUCACACUGGAGAUGCAGCGGCUGGAAGCUGAACAAGACUGGGAGAAAGUUAGAUCUCAGAGGGAGGGGGAGCAGAGGGACGAGAUGAGGGCCAUGUACAAGCUGCGAGAGCAGGAGAUCAUAUCGCAGCUGAUGCAACUUGAGAGCAAACAGUACGAUAUGGAACAAGAGAAUCUGUCCCUCCGCGAGCAGCUGGAGGAGUAUCAGCGGAGGGAGAGGGAGGAGUCGGACCGACUGGAGGGGGGCGAGGACGAGCACCACGACGGAGACGCUAUAGCGGAGCGCGCGCGGCAGGCUGUGAGGGAUGUGGCGGCCAAGAGAGCGAGGAUAGCGGCCGUCACGGCUCAGAGGGAGCGGCUCGACAGGAGGCGAGAGGUGCUGGAGAUGGAGCGGAAGAAGAAGCUAGCGGAGGCGCGGGCGGCGAGGAAACCCGGGGACAAAGAGGAAGACGAGGCUCGUCCUGACAGUCCGGCGCUGCCGCGGUCGCAGUCCUCGCCGAACAUCGCCAAGGUGUCGUCUGACGAGGAGGAGGUCACCAGCCCCGUGUUUGACCGGAGCACGAAGCCGGCCAAGAUGGCGCCCUCCAGUGACAUGCAUCACAGAGACUUCCUACCCGUGUGGGGUGACGUGGGCCGCGGUCUGACAGGUCUCAAGAACUUGGGCAACACCUGCUACAUGAACUCUAUAAUCCAGUGUCUCAACAACACAGCCAUCCUCGUCACGUACUUCUGUAACGGACAGUACCUCGAACACGUCAACAGAUCUCAUAGCACCAGAGGCGCGAUCGCUGAAGAGUUGGCGGCUGUGGUGCGGGCGUUGUGGUCGGGGCAAUACAGGUUCAUAGCGGCGAAGGAUCUGAGGAGCGAGGUGGGUAAACACCAGCGCUCUUUCCGCGGCAACGAGCAGCAGGACUCGCACGAGUUCCUAACCAUCCUGAUGGACUGGCUUCAUCUCGACCUUCAGUUCACCAUCAAACCACCACACAAGGAAACCCUGGGAGCGUCCGAGCGCGCCUGGCACGAGUACACCAAGUCUAAGGAGAGUCUCGUCCUGCGUCUGUUCUACGGUCAGAUACGUUCCACAGUACGCUGUACGGUGUGUCGCGCAAGUUCACCGACAUACGACUCCUUCUCCAAUCUAUCGCUGGAACUGCCGCCGGCCGCCGCCAGGUGUACGCUCGCGGAUUGUCUGAAGCUCUACCUGAACGGUGAAACGAUACCAGGUUGGAACUGUCCCAACUGCAAAGAGAAGAGAGAUGCCGUCAAGAAGCUGGACAUCUCCCGCCUGCCGCCCGUGCUCGUCAUACACUUCAAGAGGUUCUACGUGGACCCCAAGGAAUAUAUGUGCAACGCGUACAGGAAGAAGCAGACCUACAUCGACUUCCCCCUCGAAGACCUGGACAUGAGGCAGUUCUCGUUGCACUGUCCCGGGAACCCCAUAUAUAAUCUGUACGCUGUGUCCAACCACUACGGAACCAUGGAGGGCGGACACUAUACAGCCUACUGUAAAAGUAGCGUUUACGGCAAAUGGUACAAAUUCGACGACCACCUCGUGUCGGAGAUGUCGUCAGGCGAGGUCCGCUCUUCCGCCGCCUACAUCCUGUUCUACUCGGCCUGUAAGCCUUCCUGAGACUGAGGAACUCGGUCAGGACUGGCGACUGUGAUGCUACGUCACAUCCUGUACUAGAGACAGAGAACCGCUAAGGUCUUCAACAAACUAGAAGCGGUCAUUCCCCAGUCUUUUAUACUGAACACGACUCAUAUAUACUUGUACAAUAUUAAAAUUUUCCUUACUACCAGAACUUACUAUACAUCUAUAUUAAAAAAAAACCGUCAGAAACCUGUGUUCCUGUAACUUGAUGUAACUAAACAUAAAAGGAAGGUAGUUUGGUGUUCCACUUCUAGUGUAAAACAUUUAAAACAGUAUUUUUGUUUAUCAGAUUUACAAAAUGAAAUUAGUUAUACUUAAAAUUUAUAAUUAAAUUCGCCUCUAGCAUUUAAAUGUAUUUUCGUUUGAUCAUAAAAUAUUUGAUCGGCAACCUACCAUGUUGUGAUUUGAUGUAACACAUAGCUCCUAAGUUGAUCGUGACCGCCUCUAAUAUUAUAUGAAAAUAUAAAUAUUUAGUUGCUGUGAGAGAAAAUUACGACUGUGAGUGGACGGCGUCAUCACUAUAUUUAGUAUAGUGAGAGCAUACACUAUGUAGCAGACAUUACUCAGACUAAUGUCAAUUUACCACAGAAACCCACGUUAUAUUACAAUCUAAAUCCGCAUAAUUUAUUUUUUCAUCUCAGUUUUGCCACAGACUCUGAAAUGUAUUGCUAUAAAAAUUCCAAUAGCUACAUGAACGUGUCCAGAUUGAUUGCAUCGACUCUACCGGCGAAGGUAGUGAUUGUCUUCCUGGUAUAUACAUAUACAUAAUGUACAAAGCUACAUGUGACACCAUAACUUAUUUAAUUAGUUAAGUUUUGUGCGAACGUUGAAAUGAAAGACUGAAUAGAGUGGUAAAGUUAGAUCACUUGUAUUUCAAAUUCAACAAGUAUCUCAAACAAAGCAUAAUUUUAACUUCAUAUUAAUGUUUAACGAAUAUCUGUGCCUAAACUGAUCCAGGUGACUCUGGUGCCGUCGCUAGGUUAUUCAUUUCAAUGGAAAAAGAUGAGAAAUAUUUUUGUUUAUAAAUAUUGUUCUAUGAAUAAAUGUACAUACAUACUUAAACAUUGAUAAUUACUGUGUAAAUGUAAGACAAAAUUUAUUAAAUUCUUUGUUAUUACAAAA